GUCUGUGCAGGUCUAUGGGAAGAACAUCAAAAAACAAACUGUGAAAAAUUUGCAAGUAGAAAUUUUUUAGCCAAAAUAAUUUCUUUCAAAAUUAUUAUUAAAUAAAUUACAAAAAAAAAGACGCACAAACAUGGAACCCUAUAACCAGCCCGUUGUAAUUGAUAAUGGUUCUGGUAUGAUUAAAGCCGGUUUUGCUGGUGAGCACAUUCCAAAGUGCAGAUUUCCAAAUUAUGUGGGCCGCCCUAAACAUGUUCGUGUUAUGGCUGGCGCUUUGGAAGGUGAUCUCUUUGUAGGACCGAAAGCUGAAGAACAUCGUGGCCUACUUAGCAUACGCUAUCCCAUGGAACAUGGCAUUGUUACCGAUUGGAAUGAUAUGGAACAUAUUUGGGGUUAUAUUUAUAGUAAAGAACAAUUAUCAACAUGUACCGAUGAACAUCCCGUAUUGUUGACAGAGGCUCCUCUAAAUCCUCGUAGAAAUCGUGAAAAGGCAGCCGAAUUCUUUUUUGAAGGUAUUAAUGCUCCUGCUUUAUUUGUUUCUAUGCAAGCCGUAUUGAGUCUUUACGCCACUGGUCGUGUCACAGGCGUAGUUUUGGAUUCGGGUGAUGGCGUUACGCAUGCUGUACCCAUUUAUGAGGGUUUCGCUAUGCCCCACAGCAUUAUGCGUGUAGAUAUUGCUGGUCGAGAUGUUUCACGCUACUUAAGGACACUCAUACGCAGAGAAGGUUUCAAUUUCCGUUCAACAGCUGAAUUUGAAAUUGUACGUUCUAUCAAAGAGAAAGUGUGCUACUUAGCUACCAAUCCACAAAAGGAAGAAUCUGUGGAAACUGAAAAAUUUGCCUACACUCUGCCUGAUGGUAAAACAUUAGAGAUUGGUCAAGCUCGUUUCAGAGCACCUGAAGUAUUGUUCCGACCUGAUUUAUUGGGUGAAGAGUGUGAAGGCAUUCACGAUGUUCUCAUGUAUGCCAUUGAAAAAUCCGAUAUGGAUCUCAGAAAAAUGCUCUAUCAGAAUAUUGUAUUAUCGGGUGGUUCUACACUCUUUAAAGGCUUCGGUGAUCGUUUAUUAUCAGAAUUAAGAAAACAUUCUGCCAAGGAUCUUAAGAUCAGAAUCGCUGCUCCCCAAGAACGUCUUUAUUCAACGUGGAUGGGUGGCUCCAUUUUAGCCUCUCUUGAUACUUUCAAGAAAAUGUGGAUUUCGAAGCACGAGUAUGAAGAGGAAGGCCAACGUGCUGUGCAUAAAAAGACUUUUUAGAGCAAUUAAACUCAUUAUUAUUUAUUGUACAAUGCUUGUAUUACCCUAUUUUCUUUUUUAAUUUCACUCUUUAUUUUUCCCUUUAUACUUUUAAUUUCAUUCAAUUUGCGUCUUUAUGAGAAAAUUUAAGCAAAAAAGAUUACUACAACUAUAUUAUCAACUAACUGAUCUAGUUAUUUAUUAAAAUUUGUCUAAUUGUGUAAAAAAAGAAACAAAAACAAAACAAAUGAAACAGCAUUCAAACUCAAUCAGCUAUUGGAAAUCAAUACUUAAAUACUUAAUUGAUGAACAACAUCUUUAAUAUAAUUAUGUAUUAAGAAUACUCAUAGAAGAGAAAACAAAAAAUAUUCGAAAUCUCUGUGCUUGUGCUUUCUUGUUUUUGUUUAUUCUAAGACAAUAGAAUUUCGAAAUAAAUUUCCUUAACCAAACUAGCAUUUAGGCACAAUGUCUCUACUUAAAGUAAUAACAACAACAAAAAGUGGUAUUAAAAAUAUACAUUUUCAUAUUGGAUUGUGAAACAAAAA